UCUAGCGGUGGAGGAGGCUUUGGUGGCAGUGGACUUGGUGGUUUUGGCAGCAGCUCAGGCACUGGGUUUGGAGGUGGCUUUGGCAGCGGCUCAGGACCUGGUUUUGGAGGUGCUUUUGGCACUGCUGGUGCUGGGGAUGGUGGCCUUCUUUCUGGCUCCAAAAAAGAAACUAUGCAGAACCUCAAUGACCGCCUGGCUGCUUAUCUGGACAAAGUACGAUCUCUGGAGGACGCCAAUACUGAGUUGGAGCGCAAAAUCCGCGAGUGGUAUGAGAAAAACGGCCCUGGCGCUGGCAUCCCUGGGUCUGGGAAUGACUAUAGUAAAUAUUAUCCUAUAAUUGAAGAUCUUCGAAACAAGAUCAUUAAUGCAACUAUCGACAAUGCAAGAAUCAUUCUGCAGGUCGAUAAUGCCAGACUGGCUGCGGAUGAUUUCAGACUGAAAUAUGAGAAUGAAGUGGCUCUUCGUCAGAGUGUGGAAGCUGACAUCAAUGGUCUGCGCAGAGUUCUUGAUGAGCUGACCUUGACAAGAGCUGAUUUGGAGAUGCAGAUUGAAAGCCUGAAUGAAGAACUGGCUUAUCUCAAGAAAAACCAUGAAGAGGAGCUUCAGGGCAUCCAAAGCACUACAGUUGGUCAAGUCAGCGUUGAAAUGGAUGCUGCUCCAGGAAUUGACCUGACCAAGCUUUUGAAUGACAUGAGGGGACAGUAUGAAGUCAUUGCGGACCAAAAUCGUAAAGAGGCUGAAGCAUGGUUCAAUGAAAAAAGUGGGGAGCUGAAAAGGGAAAUCUCCACCAAUACUGAGCAGCUUCAGUCAGGAAAGNNNNAGAUCACAGAUUUAAAACGGACUCUCCAGAGCCUGGAAAUUGAACUACAAUCCCAGCUGGCCAUGAAAAAAUCCCUUGAAGACACUUUAGCAGAAACGGAAGGAGGUUACUGUGCUCAGCUUUCACAAAUGCAACUUCAGAUUGGGAACCUGGAGUCUCAGCUGUUCCAGGUCAGGGCUGAUAUGGAGCGCCAGAAUGCAGAGUAUCAACAACUUCUGGACAUCAAGACUCAUCUGGAAAUGGAGAUUGAAACCUAUCGUCGCUUGCUGGAUGGCGAGUUUGUGUAAGUAACUAAUUUACAUAAAAUAUCUCCUUUGUUUGACUCAGAUCCUACCAAAACUAGAAAGAUCAAGACAAUCGUCGAAGAAGUGGUAGAUGGAAAAGUUAUUGCAUCCCAUGUUAAGGAAGUUGAAGAGAAGAUAUAA